AUGGCGCUGGCACCGAGCUCGCCUCGUCUGCCGAGCCCUCCUCCGCCUGCAGAAAUCCAAAUCAGCCCAAACUCACCAUCAGGCGGCACACCAGCAAGUCCUCAUGCGACACAGAUGGAGCAGUCCGUCUUGGACGCCAAUUCCAGGCGUCGCAUACAUCCGGGGACCAGGGCUGCCGACAUGGCAGCUGGGCCGCCUCUGGUGCCCCUGGGCGAGCUCGAUUCAGCUUUCCAGUUGCAGGAGCAUCUUGCUGCCUUACAUUAUGACCAAACAGCCUCUGGUACGCAAGCGAUAUCGCGCGAGGCCGCUCACAAGCUUACCCAACCCCCGGCGGGUAUCGACCGUACCAUAUGGCUCUACGAACUAUGUCGAUUCCUCAUCUCCAAAUGCAACCAACUCAUCGUAGGGUUCCUCUUCGACACCCCUCCUUGCAGCGCGCAAACAUGUCCCGAGAUGCGAGCCUCCGAGUGGCAGUUCCUAUGCGCCGUUCACGAGCAACCCAAGAGCUGCUGCGCCAUCGACUACUGCUGCCACACACUCGACUGGGCAGCCAACGUCGUCUCCGACCAGAAGCUUUUCCCCAGCCGCUUCGCGAUCCUUAGCGACGCUCAUAGCAAGAAUUCGGGAGUGAAAAACCUGGUAAAUGUAUUCAGGCGGCUACACCGCAUUUUCGCCCAUGCAUGGUUCCAGCACCGCAGCGUAUUCUGGUCCGUGGAGAGCCAGACUGGUCUGUACGUCUUCUUCAAGACAGUGUGCGACCUGUACGAUCUGCUCCCAGCCGAGAACUACAAGCUCCCACCAGAAGCCGAGGGUCUAGAAGCGCCCCUCAUCGAGCCCGAGGCGGACAGGCCACCACCAGUAAUUCUCAAGCCGACGUCGCAACAGAGACCUGCCGGAACAGACGAUGAAGGUCCACACCCCGGCGGCCGUACCAACACCCGAAGACAUAUCAGGAGUAGUCCGUCGACAGGCAGUGCCGUAACCACCGUAAUAGAAGCCGACGAAGAAGACGCAGACAACGUCUCCAACAAGAUGCAAAGCCUGCACAUUUCCGGCACGCACCCAAGUGACCAAGAGCAAGAAAGCGCAGAAGUACCCGUCAUCGUCGAACGCUCCGUCAUAGAGGGAACUGCCAAUUCACAGGAACAACCUCCAGAGCCAGUGCAGUCUGCUCCAGCAGGGCCAGAACAAAGACCAAAACCAGAGGCAGAGGCAGAGGCAGAGGCAGAAGCAGAAGCAGAAGCAGAAGCAGAGGCAGAAGCAGAGGCAGAAGCAGAAGCAGAGGCAGAAGCAGAGGCAGAGGCAGAGGCAGAAGCAGAAGCAGAGGCAGAAGCAGAAGCAGACGCAGACGCAGACGCAGACGCAGACGCAGACGCAGACGCAGACGCACACAGAGAGCAAGCAAAGCAGACACUUAUAGACCCUCAACCAGUCAGCAAUAAAGACCAAGACCGAGGCCAAGACGAAGCGCCGAGUGUCGUCCUCACUCCAUCGAACGAACCGGAUACGAAACCGUCCGAAACCCCAGUUGAAGAGCCCGCUACAGAGGGAAAACUCGACGGCGAGGAAUCCAGACAAUCGACCGAAGGAGCCGCCCCCUCUUCAUCAGACUCGGCAGAAGAAAAGGAGGAACGCCCCAAGGAGACUAAAUCAGAGGACGUGGCCGGAGAGCCUGGACAGGUCCCUGAUCCAGAGUGA